CUGAGGUACUUGGCGCGAGCAUCAUAGGUAGCUACUAGUCAAUUUCCAUAAACUAUCGAAUAUAUCAUUGCAUCUGGCAUCUUACCUCCAUGUUUCCGGAGCUUUGCGCCGUCUACAGUGUUAUGGUCGUCAGCUCGAGCCUGUGACCCUUGGCUUCUCCUAAUGAUUAUGACUCGCAAUGCACAACUGGAUGACGAUCGUGAGGCGAUCAUGAACGAAACUGGCCUGGAAGACAAAGUGGCUGCCACCUCACUGAAUGAGCCAGCCAAUGGUCACACGACACAGGACAGACUGGUAGUCGGCGUGGACUUUGGUACGACCUACAGUGGAAUAAGCACCGUUUACAGUUCCAACCCUGACGAUGUCGACAUAAUCAAAACUUGGCCCGGUGGGAAUGGCAUCACUUCUGACAAAGUGCCAACCGAAAUCGCAUACGAACUUGUGCAACCACCAGCCAGUAGCGCAUCAGCUUCGGAGGACGAGACGGAGAACCCCAAGAAGGCUGCGCCAACGAGACACGUCCGAUGGGGAUUCCAGUUUAAACCCGAGGACACGCGACUUCGAUGCGUAAAGCUGUUCUUAGAUCGCAAUCAGAAGCUUCCGCAUUUCGUCUCGCCAUUGGAGACCGCGGCGCAACUGCGGAAAUAUGAUCGAACGGUGAUGGAUGCCGUAACCGACUAUCUCACCAAGAUAUACGAACACACCGUGGAAACACUGACGAGACGCUAUGGAGAAACUUUCAUGAGCAGCACCAAGGUCGACUUCGUGCUCACUGUCCCGGCUGUAUGGUCGGAUGCUGCAAAGAAUGCCACCUUGCAGGCGGCAGAAAAGGCUGGAAUGGGACACAGGCAUGAAUUGAAGCUCAUCAGUGAGCCGGAAGCAGCAGCAGUGUACACCCUGAAGACCAUCCAACCUAGUGGCCUGCAGGUGGGUGACAAUUUUGUGGUGUGUGAUGCAGGAGGUGGAACUGUCGAUUUGAUCGCCUACAAAGUUACUCAGAUAAACCCUCUACGGGUAGAGGAAAGCGCGGUCGGCACUGGAGGCCUUUGUGGAUCGGCAUUUCUGAACUAUCGAUUUGAGGACCAUGUCAGAAGUCGGAUCGGGACCGAGCGAUACAAUAACAUGCGGGAAAAGAAGCCAAAAACUUGGAUGAUGGGUCUGAAGUACUUCGAGGAGUUCGUCAAGCGCAAUUUCAAUGAAGAAGAACACACAGAGGUCAACGUACCGUUCCCUGGCCUACCAGACGACGAAGAGGCCGGAUUGGAUAGUGGAUUCCUCAUCAUGUCAUCGGAACAGGUCAAGGCCAUCUUUGAUCCGAUCAUCGACGAGGUUAUCAGCUUGGUACAAGGACAAGUAGAUUCUAUCAAGGUGAAGAAUGGCCACGUCUCAGGCAUCAUUCUCGUCGGAGGUUUUGGGCAAUCCAACUACCUCUACACACGAUUGAAAGCGCAUUUCAACACAUCGCCGCCGCCCGCAUAUACCGAACAACCCACUCAUGAGGGUGGUAGUGUUCCCCAGACUAGUGUUCAGAUCCUGCAGCCUCUUCACGCCUGGACCGCCGUAGUUCGAGGAGCUGCCCUUCGCGGACUCGAGGGCAGCGUAGUAGAGAAGCGACGUAGUCGAUGGCACUACGGCACAAGCUACGCGACGGUCUUUGAUGAGAGCAAGCAUCCCAUCAGCGACAGAUACUGGAGCCCCUUGUGGGAGAGAUGGAUGGUCAGUGAUCGUAUGCAAUGGCAUAUUGCCAAAGGAACAUCAAUUGCUGCCGACCAGCCAAUCUCUUUCCACUAUACUCGAAAUUUCCGACCAGGGCAAUCACUCAUUGUUGAAGAUGAUCUUAUCGGAUGUGACGCGGAGGUUCCACCGGAUGCCCUCGAUAAGACACUGAGCAAUGUGUGCAAGCUCACUACCGACCUCAAUGCGGUCCCGAGAAGUCUUUUCACGCGUUUGACUACCACUCAAGGGACCGAGUUCGAUAACCUCGAUUUUGAAUUGCACAUGAAGAUUCAAAGCGCGAAUCUGGUGUUUGAGCUGAGAGUUGAUGGGGUGAAAUACGGUAGCGUCAAGGCGGAAUUCCAGUAGAUGCGUUUCUUCUGAAGACCCAAGUGUUCCAGGGAUCUGAUUGUUAUAUAUGUGUAAUAAAACAAGUUCACAGUCGCGCAGCAUGACUGUAUAGACAUCGGUCAAAUCUGACGGGGCACUUCGAUGACUCAUCAGAUACUGACUCUGCCAAAUGACUAACGUG